AGUCAUAAUCAUUUAUUGUCGUCCAACUGGAGCAUUGAUUUGUCUGUUCAUACACUACAAGAAGUGAAAAUGAAUUACAAUGAGCUAAGUGAAAUUCCGUAUUUCGGAGAAAUGACUUCUAAUAUAACUCUUCUCUCAUUGGUACACAAUACCAUUCCAGAAAUAAAUGCUGAGCAACUCCAAGUUUACCUUUCAUUGGAAAAUCUAGAUCUUAGUUCUAACCUUAUCUCGGAAAUUAAAGCUUCUUCUUUUCCACGGAUGCAACUGAAGUACCUGAAUCUGAGUAACAACAGAAUAACUACUCUAGAAGUGGGCUGUCUUGAUAACUUAUCUAGCUCACUAAUGGUGGUAAAGCUGAACAGAAAUAGGAUUAGUGUGAUUCCACCGAAGAUCUUCAAGUUGCCUCACGUGCAGUUUCUGGAACUGAAAAGGAACCGGAUUAAAAUAGUGGAAAGUCUCACAUUCCAAGGGCUAGAAUCCUUAAAAUCCUUGAAAAUGCAGCGCAAUGGGAUUAGCAGACUAAUGGAUGGAGCAUUCUUUGGCCUGGGUAAUAUAGAAGAAUUAGAACUGGAACAUAAUAACUUAACAGAAGUAAACAAAGGCUGGCUGUAUGGUCUGCGGACAUUGCAACAACUCUACGUUAGCCAGAACGCCAUUAACAGGAUCAGUCCAGAUGCAUGGGAGUUCUGCCAAAGACUUUCUGAGCUAGACUUGUCGUACAACCAUCUAACUCGCCUCAAGGAGUCUGCGUUUGUGGGACUUGGUUUACUGGAGAAACUAAACCUGGGUGACAAUCACAUUAGUCACAUUGCUGAUGGCGUGUUUAGAGGUCUGACAAAUCUUCGAACCUUGGACUUGCGGAACAAUGAGAUCUCCUGGGCCAUAGAAGAUGCAAAUGAAGCAUUUGUGGGACUCAGCAGGCUGGAUAAACUAAUCUUGCAAGGAAACCAGAUUAAGACAAUUACCAAAAAAGCAUUCUCUGGUCUUGAAGGACUUGAACAUCUAGAUUUAAGCAACAAUGCAGUAAUGUCCAUCCAAGAAAAUGCAUUUGCCCAGGCUCACCUGAAGGAGCUAAUUUUGAACACUAGCAGCUUGCUUUUGGAACUCCUGCCGCAGUGGCUCACUGGCAGCCACUUACAGCAGGCUGUAAACGUUAGCUGUGCUCAUCCCGAGUGGUUAGCAGGACAAAGCCUUCUCAGUGUGGACCCUGAUGACUUUGUCUGUGAUAAUUUCCCUAAGCCGCAGAUAAGAGUUCAUCCUGAGACCACAAUUGCUCUGCGAGGCAUGAAUGUGACUCUGACGUGUACUGCUGUGAGCAGCAGUGAUUCACCCAUGUCCACUGCCUGGCGUAAAGACAGUGAAGUAUUGUAUGAUGCAGAGGUUGAGAAUUUUGCCAGAUAUCAGCAGCAAAGUGGUGAGGUGGUCGAGUAUACCACUGUCCUGCACCUUUUCAAUGUGAAUUUCACUGAUGAAGGAAAGUAUCAGUGCAUCGUCACCAAUCACUUUGGCUCCAAUUAUUCCAACAAAGCCAAGCUGACUGUCAAUGAGCUACCUUCUUUCCUGAAAACCCCCAUGGAUCUUACUAUCCGCACUGGGGCGAUGGCCCGGCUGGAGUGUGCUGCAGAGGGCCACCCUACUCCACAGAUCUCCUGGCAGAAAGAUGGUGGCACAGACUUCCCUGCUGCAAGAGAGAGGAGGAUGCACGUCAUGCCUGAGGAUGAUGUGUUCUUUAUUGCAAAUGUGAAAAUAGAAGACAUGGGAAUCUAUAGCUGUAUGGCACAAAACAUUGCGGGCGGUUUGUCAGCAAAUGCCACGCUGACUGUGUUAGAAACUCCUUCCUUCAUUAGGCCCCUGGAAGACAGAACGGUAACCCGAGGUGAAACCGCUGUCUUGCAAUGCAUAGCUGGUGGCAGCCCUGCCCCUCGCCUCAACUGGACUAAAGACGAUGGCCCUUUGACAGUCACAGAGCGGCAUUUUUUUGCUGCAGCAAAUCAACUCCUUAUCAUUGUGGAUGCUGGACUAGAGGAUGCUGGAAAGUACACGUGCAUUAUGUCCAACACGCUGGGCACUGAGCGUGGCCAUAUUUACCUAAAUGUCCUGGCUUCCCCAAAUUGUGAUUCUUCCCAGAGCGGCCUUGUCCAUGAGGAGGAUGGCUGGACAACAGUGGGCAUUGUGAUUAUUGUCGUGGUGUGCUGUGUUGUGGGAACUUCCCUGGUAUGGGUUAUUGUGAUUUACCACAUGAGAAGGAAGAGUGAAGAUUACAGCAUCACUAACACAGAGGAGAUGAACCUACCUGCAGACAUUCCCAGCUAUCUGUCUUCCCAAGGAACUCUGUCAGAGCCUCAGGAGGGCUACAGUAACUCAGAGGCAGGAAGCCAUCAGCAGCUCAUGCCUCCAGCCGGUAGCUACGUGCAUAAAGGCACAGAUGGUGGUGCAGCACCAUUGGUGAUCUGCUCGGACUGCUAUGACAAUGCAAACAUCUACUCCAGGACACGAGAGUACUGUCCUUAUGCCUACAUCACAGAAGAGGACCCCCUGGAUCAAACUCUCCCUAAUCUCAUGGUGCAGAUGCCUAAGGAAACGUAUACAGCACGCACCCAGCAUGAAACCAGUACUCUUGAUAAUCUCUUAGCAGACAGAGAUAUGUCUGUCUUCCUCACCAACCAUGACAAAAUAAGUGAAAAGAAAGUCUCCUCCCAGCAGAUUAAUGAACCCUUUCAGAUUCCUUUGUGGGGAGUAAACAAAGACCUAGCACACUCUCACUCGCACUUUCUGCAUCAGCAGUCAGCCCGUGAGACCUCACGACCUCUUCGAAGCGAGGGCAUUAUUGACAGUGACCGGGAACAAGCUGCUUCACCCAGACCUUGCCACAGGUUACGUGAACAUAAGUUUGAUUUUAAUAGGACACGGAACAUUCAUGACUAUAGUGAAACCACAUGCUUGAUAUGUACUAAAAUGAACACAGCUGCAUGGUGUAUUUUUAUAAAGACAGAAAAACCUUUCUGGACCGGCCCAAGAGAGGAGGUGCAGAGAGGGCAGGGUGGCCGUUCCAUUUUCAGUGAACACCGACAGUUUCUUCAAUCAAUGCCAAAGUACUAA